ACCAUUCGUUGGUGGAUAAGUUAACCAUGGCGCACGCCUCCUCGGCUGACCAUUCGCUGUUCCUCCCUCAAACCAAUUAUCAUACACUAAAAGAUACAAUAAACAGAGCAUUGAAAAAAAAAAGAUCAGAUCGAUUGGGUUCGUUAGCAGAUGCCUAUCCUGACUGAGUGGGGGGUAGCUUAGCUAAUCGGCUCAUCACUCGCACUCACAAGUGUACCAACUCUUUUACAAUCUUCUCGUGGGGAAUUCAUUUUCUCCCCAAUAUUAAUCCUGGGUGGCGGCAAGCAAGGAAGUGAGCAGGCACUUUCAUCUGUCCAGAAUUGAGGCGAAAUCUCCAUGCACAGCACACACAUCCAAAAGGCCAACUGCACUUUCUCCCCAGUCUGUUUGUUGUUAAUCAGAUGGUGGCAGUGUAAUCCUGUCUCGGCAGCAGCAUGAUGAGCAAGAGAGAAGGAGAGAAGGCUAGACAUUUGCUUCCACACUUUCCAAAUGCUCUAGUAGAAUUCUUCUAGCUCAUCAUCAGCAGAAUUAAGAGAAAAGUUGGCAGAUUUGGUUCAUUUCGGCGGCUAAUUAAGGGAAGCCAGGAUAGAGCUAGGGAGCAAGAUUGUUCGCACACACUGGCUUUGCCGCAUGCUUACCAUGUCCACCCGCUUCUUCUUCCUCCUCUGCUUCUCCUCCUACCCUGCUCUCCGAUGCGGCCGCGCUCUCAGCCCCAUGGCCGCUGCCGGGUCCUCUUCUUCGUCGUCAUCGUCGUCUUCCUUCUUCUCCGGGUCCAGCCAGGAGCGGCGUCGGCGCUGGCGACGUUCGCCAUGGCCAAGGCGGGCGACACGACCGUCAUCUGCGGCCUCCUGCCGUCGUCUUCCUCCCCGCUGCUGCUCGACCUGAACUGCACGGCCAUGGCGGGGGUGGCCCACGAGAAGCAGGAGACGUACCCGUCCACGCACCCCUUCUCGGCGCUCGCCGGCGGGGAGGACUUCCUCUGCGCCGUCGGGCCCUCCUCCGUGCGCGCCGACGCCGUCGACAUGCGCUGGUGGGAACUCUCCCCCAAGAACUCCACUGCUGGCCAUGGCGGAAAGGGGAGCUCCAAGCGGGUGUACCUCGGCCCGCCGCUCCGUGCUUUGGCUUCCAGCGGGUACCGCGUCUGCGGGGUGAUGGCCGGCGGCGAGCUCCACUGCUGGCGCUGGCACGGGAAGCUGGCAAUCCCCGCGGAGCUGCGCUUCGUGUCCGUCGCCGUCGGGAAGGGGUUUGUUUGCGCCAUCGUGGAUGGCGAAGCCGCCGGGACCCCUGUCAGGUGCUUCGGGAACGAGGAAGACGAGGACGCAGGCAAGGUGCUCGACGCCGUGCGCGACGCGCCUCGAGGCGGGAGCUACGACGUGGUGGCCGCGCACGGCAAACGCGCGUGCGCGCUCUCCACGGGCGGCGGCAUCUCCUGCUGGGGCGCCGACGCGCCAUCGCUGGGCUGCGACAACAACGGCACCAGCGGCGGCGGGUACGCGGCGCUGGCGCUGGGCGAGGGCGGCGUGUGCGGGCUGCGCACCAACGGCACCAUCCGCUGCUUCGGCGCCGCGUCCCCGCCGCCGGGCGACCUCGCGGGGCUCCAGUACAUCGACGUGCAGGCGCAGGGCGACGAGUUCUGCGGCGUGCUCAUGGCGAACUACUCGCUCGUCUGCUGGGGCGGCCAUGGCCAUGGCGGCGAUGCCGGGCUCGGCAUCACCACGAGCCGCGUCGUGUUCGACCGCGUGCUCCCGGGCCCGUGCGCGCCGAUGUCCACCUGCCAAUGCGGCGUGCUCCCGGGCUCCGCCAACCUCUGCCCCGCCGGCCGCUGCAUCUGCGUCGACUGCGCCUUCGAGCUCAACAUCGCCGUCCCCAAGCCAGCAUCCCUGCCUCCCGCACCAAACCCCAACAGGAAGAAGAACAUCAUCUGGAUCAUCAUUGCCGCUUCCGGCUUCCUCGUCCUGCUCCUGGCAUCACAACUUGCUCUCUUCUUAUGCUGUCGUCGCCGCCGCCGCGAGCGCCGGCGCAAAGAAGACGAGAACAACGACCUGGGCGCGCUCCAAUCGCUCAUGAUGCCGCGUCUCGGUUCAAGCCGCAGCAAAGGCCCCGGAAGCAUAGUGGAGCACUUCACGCUCGACACGCUCCGGGCUUCAACAGACGGCUUCGACGACGAGCGCCGGAUCGGCUCAGGCAGCUUCGGCUCCGUGUACCGGGGAACACUCCCGGACGGGCGAGAAGUCGCCAUCAAGCGCGCCGAAGACCACGCCAAGAAGUCCUCAAGCUCGGCGGCUAAGCCGGCAAGGCGCCGGGACAGGGAGACGGCGUUCAACUCGGAGCUCGUGGCCCUGGCACGCGCCAACCACAAGAACAUCGUGUGUCUCCUCGGCUGCUGCGCGGAGGCCGGGGAGCGCGCGUUGGUGUACGAGUUCAUGGUGAACGGCACUCUCCAUGACCAGCUCCAUGAUCGGACGCCCAUGGCGGCGCCCGUGCUCUCGUGGCGCGGGCGGCUAGCAAUCGCGCUGGAUGCUGCCAGGGGGAUCGAGUAUAUGCACGUCUACGCCGUGCCGCCGAUCAUACACCGUGAUGUUAAGAGCGCGAAUAUACUUCUUGAUGAGACUUGGACCGCCAAGAUCGCCGACUUCGGGCUCUCCUCCGUCCUCGACCCCGCCGGCGACUGCAACGAAGACAACAACAACAACAAUGGCGCCGAUGGCGGGAACAAUGACCUUCAGCAACAGCAGCGGGAGAGGCCGGUGUACACGGGGGGCACGGUGGGGUACAUGGACCCGGAGUACUACAGGCUGCAGCACCUGACGGACAAGAGCGACGUGUACAGCUUCGGCGUGGUGCUCCUGGAGCUCAUGUCCGGGUGCCGCGUCGUGCAGCGCUACGCCGAGAGCGUCACGCCCAAGAACGUCGUGGAGUUCGCCGUGCCCUGCAUCCUGGCGGACGACGUGGCCCGGGUGCUCGACCCCAGGCUGCCGGCGCCGGGGGCGAACGAGGCCGAGGCGCUGGCCUACGUGGGGUACCUCGCCGCCGACUGCGUGGGGCCCGUCGGAUGCGAGCGGCCCUCCAUGACCGAGGUCGUCGACGCCCUGGAGCGCGCUCUGGCCGCGUGCUCCACGGCGCCGGUUUCGCGCUCCGGCACCGCGCGCCGCGUGCUUUCACGCUCCGGCACCGACCAGUUUGACCUCACUGACACCGACUAGCUGCAGACUACAGUGGCCGGCCGCCAUUGACUCUGCCCGGGGCCGGCACGCACGCAGAGUGACUAACGAAAUGUCUGCAUCGGCAUUGCGUCAGCAGCCACCCGGGGAAGUCGGCAUUGGACACAUCACGCGCGGCCAAACACUUCAUCGUGCUGCUCUGGGCCCUCGAGAACGAGAGCAUCAGAAAGGGGGAGAAGGAACGAAGAAACCCCAGUUGAGUGAAGCGGAUCAUCUUCUUCGAUUUCUUGGUGCGACGAUCUUCUCGCCUUCCUCCAUGAUCGGGAUCUGGGAGCAACGACCGGUCGUUAACAACUCCACAGCGACGUGCCACCGGUUCAUUCAACGUGCAAGUGAAUUGGGGCGAAAAUGAGACGAAAAAGACAGGAGGCACCAUGGAGAAAGAAAGAAAUGAAGCAUUCUUUCUCCUUACUUUUCGUUUCUUCCUUACAGCGUGCACGCAUUCGUGCUACAUUUGUUCUACAGUACUCUACCUUUUUGUUCUUUACUCUUUGGUGGUAUCUUUCGGCAUAAAGAUUCUUUAUUUAUGGUGUAAUUGUGUAUAGACUAUUCAAUCAUUCACAAAGAGGGGAAAUUUCCUAGUUGCUCUUGCUUA